AUGGAGAUCUAUCAAUUUUCUUUGGAAGAAGAAGAUGAUCGAUUUCAUUCAAAUGAAUGUAUACAUGACAAGUUUGCUACGGAAAUGACACAAAAGAUUGCAGAGACAUUAAAUAUAAUUGGUCCAAUGGAUGGAGUACUGGACAGAUCCAAGAAAAUUGUAAGGGAGAUCAAUGACCGUUUACCGAUUCGUAUACAAUUCGAUACAUCACAAAUCAUGAAUGACAGCUAUGCCUGCUAUCAUGUUGGUGAUAAGAUUAUCACUGGUGCCAUUCCAAAUUCCGGAAAGAAACAUAAGAAACUACCGGAUUGUAUAGCAGGCGAUGAAGAACCUUGUAUCUACACUUGUCAGGAAUACGAUGUAAUCACACCUGAGAUGCUCAAUAUGACCGAAUCCAUUCUGGAAACAAUCAACAAUGUCUUUACCAAUUUGCUUUCAGUCGAUAGAGAACCAAAACUACAACUUGGAAAAGUUGCCUAUGAAUCAUUUGGUGGACAAUGUUGUGCUGGCGUAAAAAUACCAGAAACUGCACUUGAUCCAGGUAUUCCAGAUACCGAUUUCAUGGUAUACGUAACAAUGAGACCACUCAAUUCUAAAAGAAUUGCAGCAUUUGCAGGAGCUUGUAAUUACAAAGUUUAUGGACACGGUGUAUACGGAAGACCAUUGGCAGCAUACAUUAAUUUCAAUCCAUUCUACUAUAGCAGUUUUGUUGGUUCCACUUCAUUGGCCAGGACCGAUAUGACUCACACUAACUUUGUUAGAAUUGCCAUACAUGAAAUGAUUCAUGCUCUUGGUUUCUCUAAAUUCUUCUUUGAGAAAUCAUUUAUCAAUUCAGUUGGUGAUCAUUAUAGUGCUGUUAGAAAUGUAAAGAGAAAAGGUAUAAAUAAUCAAGGUGAAGUUUAUAGUUUCGUACAACCGGUGAUUGAUUCACCAAAUGUUGUUAAUUACCUAAGACAACAAACCGGCUGUCAGGAUAUAAAGUAUGCAGAUCUGGCAUUCAAUGGAGGUAGUCAUUGGGGAACCAGCACCGUUGGUGAUGAGAUUAUGGUUACCACUUCAUCAGCGAGAUCAGUGAACCCAAUAAGCAAUCUAACAUUGAAUCUACUCAAAGAUACCGGUUGGUAUGAUAUCAAUUUUGAAUAUGCAGAGCCACUAGUAAAGAAUAGAGGUCUGAGAUGCGAAAGUCAAUCAGGUGGUGGUGGAAUUGUAGUUUAUUAA